AACAAUCUCUCUAUCUCUUUCUUUCUCUCAUUUCUAGAGAGAGAGACUCAAAAAUCUCAGGAGAGAGAAACACGGAUUUAAAUCACAUUAUAGAGAGAAGCACAGAUUUAAGCCACAUUAUAGGGAGAGAAACGCAGAUUUAAAUCACAGUGUAGAGAGAGAAACCGAACAAAGGCAUUUUCAAGUUCACUCUUUCUCUCCACGCUACUUUAUCUCUCUGAAAUCUCCUUGAUUUGCAGCCCUAGAGCUUUUCCGAUCCCGAAAUUUGAGGUUUCGGUGGACUCGGAUGUGAAGGACCUUCCCAGAUCCGUCAUGGCCGAGAUUUCCGGCGACAUAGCGAGUGUUUCUCCGGCGGAGCUGAGCUACAGCGAGAACGGCGGCAAUGGUGGCCGGCCGCCGGCGAAUGAGGCGGUGUAUGUGGUAUCCACUCCUCCGCUGACGGUAUCGCAAUCCUUCAAGGAGGGGAAGGGGAGUUCCAGGAGGAGGGCGUCGGUGCGCCCCAGCUUGGAUGCGGAUGAGUUCAUAAACCUUUUGCACGGGUCGGAUCCGGUGAAAGUUGAGUUGAAUCGGUUGGAGAAUGAAGUCAGAGAUAAGGAUCGAGAAUUGGGGGAAGCACAAGCGGAGAUCAAGGCUUUAAGGUUUUCGGAACGUCUUAGAGAAAAGGCCGUCGAAGAGAUUACGGAAGAACUGUCAAAGGUGGAGGAGAAGCUUAAGUUAACAGAAUCUCUUCUAGAAAGCAAGAAUCUCGAGAUCAAGAAAAUCAAUGAUGAAAAGAAGGCCUCCAUGGCUGCUCAAUUUGCAGCAGAAGCCACUCUUAGAAGGGUUCAUGCUGCGCAGAAGGAUGACGAUAUGCCUCCCAUUGAAGCGAUUCUUGCACCGUUGGAGGCUGAGCUCAAGCUUGCUCGACAGGAGAUAGCAAAGCUGCAGGAUGACAACAAAGCACUAGAUCGCCUUACCAAAUCAAAAGAAGCAGCUUUACUUGAAGCUGAGAGGACUGUUCAGGUUGCAUUGGCAAAGGCCUCUAUGGUGGAUGAUCUUCAGAAUAAGAACCAAGAGCUGAUGAAACAAAUAGAAAUUUGCCAGGAAGAAAAUAAAAUUUUGGAUAAGAUGCAUCGCCAAAAGGUUGCAGAGGUCGAAAAACUAACCCAAACUGUAAGGGAGCUUGAAGAGGCUGUUCUGGCUGGUGGUGCAGCUGCAAAUGCUGUCAGAGAUUACCAACGGAAAGUUCAAGAGAUGAAUGAGGAAAGAAAAACCCUUGACAGGGAGCUGGCCCGUGCAAAGGUAACUGCAAACAGGGUGGCAGUAGUUGUAGCAAAUGAAUGGAAAGAUGCUAAUGACAAGGUGAUGCCCGUAAAACAAUGGCUAGAGGAACGGCGAUUCUUGCAAGGGGAAAUGCAGCAACUCAGGGACAAGCUUGCUAUAACGGAAAGAACUGCAAAAUCUGAAGCACAAUUGAAAGAAAAAUAUCACCUGCGGCUCAAAGUUAUUGAAGAGAGUUUGAGAGGAUCUUCAAACAGUAACAAUCGUUCUACACCAGAGGUAAGAAGUGUGAGCAAUGGGCCUUCCCGUCGCCAGUCUCUGGGUGGAGCUGAUAACAUCUCCAAAUUUAUCCCCAAUGGCUUUUUAUCCAAGAGAACACCAACUUCUCAGUUGAGAUCAUCUCUGUCCUCUGGCAGCAGUUCGGUGUUGAGACAUGCUAAAGGGACAUCAAAAUCAUUUGAUGGUGGCACAAGGUCAUUAGACAGGGGCAAAGUUCUCUUAAAUGGAACACUGCCAAAUUAUGCACUCAACCAAUCUUGUGAUGCAACCAAGGAUAUUGAGGUGCAUGAUGCAUGGAAGGGAAAUUCGGAUGAAAAACCUAAUGAGUUUCCAGUAGUGGACACAGAGGAUAGUGUCCCAGGGGUGUUAUAUGAUAUGCUGCAAAAAGAGGUCGUUUCUUUGAGGAAAGCUGGUCAUGAAAAAGAUCAAAGCCUCAAAGAUAAGGAUGAUGCUAUUGAGAUGCUAGCUAAGAAGGUAGAUACAUUAACCAAGGCAAUGGAAGUUGAGGCUAAGAAGAUGAGAAGGGAAGUUGCUGCCAUGGAGAAGGAGGUAGCUGCCAUGCGUGUGGAGAAAGAUCAUGAAAAUAGGGCCAAGAGAUUUGGCAGUUCCAAGGGACCUGUGUCUAACACUCAGCUGCUUCCUGGGAGAAACAUAGCACGAGGAGGAUUAACAAGGAGCACGCAAUAGCAAGAAGUCCCAUUUGCAGAAGCAGGAGUAAAUCUGCAUAGGGCAUGUUCUUUGGUUGUUCCUUUACACUCCUAUUUUUUUUUACUCUUUUGUGAUUGAUUAUAAGAUAUAACUCGCAUGCCGGUGACCCUGUGUUCAAUGGGGUUUAGAAAGAGAGUAAAAUGUCAAAAAUGAGCAAGCUAAGGACGAAAUCGGUGUGUGCUUCUGACUUAGACUGGAUGCCAUCCUGUGCUUAGAAAUCAACAAAAAAGAAAAAAAGGAAGAUAUUGAAGUUGGGCUAACCUUUUGGGAGUUUUUGUUUGAGUGGCAGUGGUUGUGUGUUUGUUGUAUAGGUAGCUUAUUGGUCUUUUCUUUGAUCCCUCUCGUUUUUUACCCUACUUCUCAGUUUAAAUUUGUAAUCUGCAGCUAGUGUGAUUGUUGUUGGUUCAGGUUUGUUAAUAUUCUUGUAAUGAGAUCAAGAUUAGAGUUUCUAUGGUUGUGUUAUCAUCUAGUUGUUGGU